GAUUAUGGUUUAUCAUUUUCUUAGAAAAGACUUUGACUCCUGAAAGAAAUUUCAUCACCUUUGUUUUCUCUGCUUUUUGAUCAUCACUCCUUUGGGGUUUGGGAAAGUAUUGUUCAGAAGUUGGGAGUGAUUUUAUACUUACAAACAGGACCCUUGCGUAUGCGCUGUAAACUGUGAUUCUUGACAGUGGGGAAAUCAGCUGUUUCAUGCUUAAUGCUGGUAGUUGUGGGGUAAUUUUGUGAAACUUUGGGUGAGCAAAAGGGGCUUGUUUUAAUUAGACCUGAGAAUUGUGUUGCUGAAGCUCCGUAGUCUAGUUAGAGUCCUGCCCUAACCCCACCCCAAACUCUCAUUGGAGCCAGCUGUUUGCAUUAGGAGUGGUGAGAUUUUUUUUUUUUAACCCAUGUGGCCAGUAAGCAAUGGUUUAAUAGUCCCAUUAUUCCUUCCCACUUAUUACAUUUUUAAUCCUGUGGAGAAAAGCGAGGAAGCAAAAUUCUGAAGGCAGUUAAAGAAGAAGUCUUUGAAAUUUGACGUGUAUUCCCAAGCAAGACUUCCUCGGGGGAAGGUGGUACCCUCACAAUGUGGCUGUACCUGGCUGCCCUCGUGGGCCUGUACUACCUCCUGCGCUGGUACCGGGAGAGGCAGGUGGUGAGCAACCUCCGAGACAAGUACGUCUUCAUCACGGGCUGUGACUCGGGCUUCGGGAACCAGCUGGCCAGGCAGCUGGACCUGCGAGGCUUGAGGGUGCUGGCCGCGUGUCUGACGGAGAAGGGGGCCGAGCAGCUGAGGGACCGGACGUCAGACAGGCUGGAGACGGUGAUCCUGGAUGUGACCAAGACAGAGAGCAUCGCCGCAGCCACCCAGUGGGUGAAGGAGCGUGUGGGGGACAGAGGGCUCUGGGGCCUGGUCAACAACGCAGGCGUUGUUCACUCACCUGCCUACAGUGAGUGGCUGAACAUGGAGGCCUAUGUCAACGUCCUCAAAGUCAACCUCCUUGGUGUCAUUGAGGUGACCUUGAGCAUGCUUCCCUUGGUCAGGAAAGCCCAGGGGAGGAUUGUCAACGUCUCCAGCAUUCUGGGAAGAAUUGCUUUCCUCGGAGGCGUCUACUGCAGCUCCAAGUAUGGAGUAGAAGCCUUUUCGGAUGUUCUGAGGCGUGAGCUUCAACAUUUUGGAGUGAAAAUCAGCAUGGUUGAACCUGGCUACUUCAGUACUGGAAUGACAAACGUGCAGGAGUCCUUGGAGAAACUGAAGCAAACCUGGGAAGAAUUCCCCACGCAUAUUAAGGAGAGCUAUGGACAGAAGCUUUUUGAUGCCGAUUACAAUCAAAUCAAACAAGGGCUGUUGGGUGCCAGCACGAACCUGAACCUGGUCACUGACUGCAUGGAGCACGCUCUGACGUCUGUGCACCCCCGCACUCGGUACUCAAGCGGCUGGGAUGCUCAGUUUUUCUUCAUCCCUCUAUCUUACUUACCUACAUCUCUGGCAGACUACAUCCUGACUAGGUCUUGGCCCAAACCAGCUCAGGUGGUCUGAAGAAAACUGGUCUGCUGGCUCCUGAAACAAAGAAGACAAACGUCUGAUAUUGAUUGUUAGCAUCUCAAUAAUCCUUAUUUAGAACUGCACAUUUUGUAAUAACAAGCUUUCUUGUCUAAACAUAUUUAUCUGGUGUCAUCAGGGAGCCAAGAUGUUUAUAGUCCAGAUAGCCAAAGCUUAUUCCUUUAGAGAUGACUCUUUCCUAUUUUAAUCAUCUUUUGAUGAUGGUAUUUCCAAAAUGCAUCAUGCUUCCUUGCCUUAUUAAACAGAACAGACUGAAAACAA